AUGACCAAUAAUCCCCUUCAACCUCCUUCUCCUCCCAACUCACCCAAGAUUCAUCUCUUCUCAAAUUUACUGCUCAAAACAAUACUAAUAAUAAUAUCGAUUUCUAUCUUACCACGUACCUGCCACGGCGCGUGUAAUCCCCUGGAUCGCGGCUCGCUGGUCCUGUUCAACCUGACCCUCUCGUCCUCUUCGACUCCUCUCGCGUGGGCACCACUGCUCGACUGCUGCGAAUGGGAUGGGAUCGUCUGCAACGAGACCGGCAGAGUAACCGGACUGUGGCUCCCCUCGAGAGGCCUUUCCGGUAAAAUAUCCCCUUCGAUUACCAACCUCACCGGCCUCACCCAGCUCAGCUUAUCCAAUAACAGGCUUUCAGGCCCACUCCCGGCCCGAUUCUUCCACCUCCUAAACCGACUCCAGGUCAUCGACCUGAGCUGUAACAGUUUAAACGGCGGGAUGGCUGCAUUGGGCGCACUUCCCGCCACUCUACGGAUACUCAAUUUAUCGAGCAAUCGCUUUUCCGGCGCGGUCGAGCCGUGGUUUUUCGAAAAGGCGGUAAGUUUGGAAUCACUCGACUUCAGCAACAACAGUUUUUCCGGGGGGUUACCUUCGAUCGUCUGCGGAUUUUCGCGCUGGAUCAAAAAGCUUGAUUUUUCCAUUAACGAGUUCACGGGCACUAUAGGCCCGGGAUUCGGCCGGUGCGCGAUUUUAUCGAGCCUUAGGGCCGGGUUCAAUAAUUUAUCCGGUGAGGUCCCGCUGGAGAUCUACCGGCUGUCUUCGCUCGAGGAGCUGUAUUUCCCGGGGAACAGACUGGUGGGGCCCAUUGACCCGCGGGUCGUAAGUCUUGCUAACCUUAAAACACUUGCGCUUUUCGGAAAUGAGCUGGAAGGCCCGAUACCUGAAGAAAUCGGGCGGCUUUACAGGUUGGAGAAGCUGCAGCUUCACAUAAACCAAUUGAAUGGCACUAUUCCCGCCUCGCUCGCCAACUGCACGAACCUGACCGUGCUGAACCUGAGGGUGAAUCUGCUAGAAGGGGAGCUCGAUUUCGUUAAUUUCUCGGGAUUCGUGCGUCUAGAGAAGGUUGAUCUCGGGAAUAAUUUCUUCCGGGGAGGUCUGCCAAGGAGCCUCUUCACAUGCAAGAUGCUGAUGGCCGUCCGUUUAGCGACCAACAAACUGUCGGGCGAGAUUUUGCCCGAGGUGGGCUCCCUGCAGUUCCUCUCAUUCCUCUCCAUAUCCAACAACAGCUUAACCAAUGUGACAAACGCCAUUCGGAUCCUCACGCGCUGCAAGAGGCUGAGCACGUUAAUCCUAUCCAAAAAUUUCUACAACGAGUCGUUACCCGUUGAGGAGAGCCUGAACGGGUUUGAGGAUAUGAAGGUAUUGGCUUUCGGCGGAUGCAACUUCUCGGGCUCGGUCCCAAGCUGGAUACGCCAGCUGGAAAAACUCGAGGUUAUUGAUCUGUCGUUUAAUUUGUUCACUGGACCUGUCCCGGGCUGGUUUGGGGGCUUGCCGAAUUUGUUCUACUUGGAUUUGUCAUAUAAUCUUCUAACCGGGUAUUUCCCGCUCGAGAUGAUCAAGAUGCGAAGAUUGUCAUACGUGCAAAAUUUGGAUGAAGUUGGGAGCACGACUCUAGAGCUACCUGUGUUUGUGAAGCCCGAUAAUGCCUCGAAUCAGCAGUAUAAUCAGCUCUCGAAUUUACCUCCGACAAUAUAUCUCAACAACAACAGCAUAACUGGCAAUAUACCUGUUGAGAUUGGUCAGCUCAAGUUCAUAAUGGACUUGGAUCUUAGCCACAACAAUUUCACUGGCAGUAUACCAGACACCAUAUCGAAUCUCACCAAUUUAGAAAAAUUGGAUCUUUCCGGAAAUAACCUCACCGGCCAAAUCCCGGCAUCACUAAAGAAUCUCCAUUUUCUUUCCUUCUUCAGUGUCGCACACAAUGACCUCGAAGGCCCAGUACCCAUCGGUGGUCAGUUCGACACUUUCCCGGUUUUGAGCUUCGAAGGAAAUCCGAGGCUUUGUGGUCGGAUUUUGCAGCGCCCAUGCACCGAUAAUAGUCAGUCAGGCAAUAACAUGAUCCGUUCAAGAACCGAGAAAGAGAACAGAAAGAGAACCAUCAAAUUAACACUUGUUAUAUCCUCGGUUGUUUUCACACUGAUCCUUCUUCUGUACUUGUUUUUGUACAAGAGGAAAGUCCUGCGGAGAGGCGGAAUCGAGGAGAAGGACAUGGACGUAAUUUCUUUCAACUCGUCGGGCGUAUUUCCGGAAAUCCCCAAAGAAACCAGCCUCGUCGUGCUUUUCCCGAACAACAAGAGCAAGAUACAGGAACAGGACCUCUCGGUGGCUGAUAUACUGAAGGCCACCGACAAUUUCAACCAGUCGAACAUAAUCGGCUGCGGCGGGUUCGGGUUGGUUUUCAAAGCAACUUUAGCCGACGGCACGAAUCUCGCCAUCAAGAAACUCUCAGGAGACAUGGGGUUGAUGGAGAGGGAAUUCAAGGCUGAGGUGGAGGCUCUGUCGACAGCUCAGCAUAAGAACCUCGUCACUCUACAGGGCUACUGCCUGCACGACGGGUACAGAUUGCUGAUAUACUCUUACAUGGAGAAUGGGAGCUUGGACUACUGGCUGCACGAGAAGCCCGACGGGCCGGCCCAGCUCGACUGGCCCGCUCGUUUGAAAAUCGCUCGGGGGGCGAGCUGUGGGGUGGCAUACAUGCACCAGAUAUGCGAGCCACACAUCGUCCACCGUGACCUCAAGUCGAGCAACAUCCUUCUCGAUUGCAACUUCGAGGCCCACGUGGCGGAUUUUGGGCUUGCGAGGUUGAUUUUACCUUACCAUACACAUGUCACCACGGAAUUGGUCGGGACUCUCGGGUACAUCCCGCCUGAAUACAGCCAGUCGUGGAUAGCUACCUUGAGAGGGGAUAUGUACAGUUUUGGAGUUGUUAUGCUCGAGUUGUUGACGGGGAAGAGGCCCGUCGAGAUGUUCAGGCCCAAGGCCUCGAGGGAAUUGGUCGUGUGGGUUCAGCAGAUGAAAAACGAGGGGAAACAGGUGGAGAUUUUCGAUCCUCCGUUAAGGGGAAAAGGGUUUGAAGAUGAGAUGGUGCAAGUGCUAGACAUUGCUAUACAAUGUGUCAACCAGAACCCUUACAAGAGACCGACUAUAAAAGAAGUCGUUGAGCAGCUCGAGAGUGUGGGGCCCAACCGGCAGACGAAUGUAAAUACUGAAAUCUAA